CCGCGGAAUUGGGGGCGGAAAAUUGACAUUUCCCUGUGAAUUUUCCCGAGCUUGCGUUCGCGCAGCUGCAAACAAUUUUCCAGCACGCGUAUCCGAAUAACCGAAUGGUAAUGAUGGGACAAAUGGCCAGCCGCUGGCAGAGUCGUUUGUUGCCUGUUCGCGUAAUGGCCAUUCUCGAAAAUUGCCAGAACUUUUAAAAACGAAACAAAGGAAAACCAUUUAAUUUCCUGUGGGCGGUGACGAAAAGAAAGAAAAAACAUUCAAAAAUUUAAACCCUUGAGUGCAAUAAUAAUUUAAGAGUGAUUGUGAGUGUUUGUGAGGAAAACUUUAAAGGAGGAGUUGCCAUUUAAAAAAUUAAUAGGAAACCAGGACACCCACUGAGAGGCACAGGACAAGAUGUCGUCCGUUAAGGUGGCGGUGCGAGUGCGCCCCUUCAACUCGCGCGAAAUAGCUAGGGAGUCAAAAUGCAUCAUCGAAAUGGCUGGAGCCACAACGGCUAUCACCAAUCCAAAGGUGCCGCCCAACACAAGCGACUCAGUGAAGCGCUUCAACUUUGAUUACUCCUACUGGUCACAUGAUCAUCACGAUGCGGACUUCUCCACACAAUCGAUGGUCUACAAGGACAUUGGCGAGGAGAUGCUGCAGCACUCCUUCGAUGGCUAUAAUGUCUGUAUUUUUGCAUAUGGCCAGACUGGAGCUGGAAAAUCAUAUACCAUGAUGGGCAGGCAGGAGGAACAGCAGGAGGGCAUCAUUCCCAUGAUAUGCAAGGAUCUGUUCACUCGCAUACAGGAUACAGAGACCGAUGAUCUCAAAUAUUCGGUUGAGGUCUCAUACAUGGAAAUCUAUUGCGAGCGAGUGAGGGAUCUGCUGAAUCCCAAAAACAAGGGCAAUCUGCGUGUGAGGGAGCAUCCUCUCUUGGGUCCCUAUGUAGAGGAUCUUUCCAAAUUGGCCGUCACUGAUUACCAGGACAUUCAUGAUCUCAUUGAUGAAGGCAACAAGGCUCGAACUGUGGCAGCCACUAACAUGAACGAAACCAGUUCCCGUUCCCAUGCCGUCUUUACCAUCUUCUUUACUCAGCGUCGUUAUGACACCAUGACCGAUUUGACCACAGAGAAGGUCUCUAAGAUUAGCUUGGUGGAUUUGGCUGGUUCGGAGCGAGCGGAUUCUACUGGCGCCAAGGGCACCCGCUUGAAGGAGGGAGCCAACAUCAAUAAGUCUUUGACCACUUUGGGCAAAGUUAUCUCAGCUCUAGCAGAGGUGUCUGCUUCUAAGAAAAAGAAUACCAAAAAGGCAGAUUUUAUACCCUAUCGCGAUUCAGCCUUGACCUGGUUGCUGCGCGAAAACUUGGGAGGUAACUCCAAGACAGCUAUGAUUGCAGCUAUCUCACCAGCAGAUAUUAACUACGAUGAAACACUCAGCACACUGCGCUAUGCGGAUCGUGCCAAGCAAAUUGUUUGCAAGGCUGUGGUCAAUGAAGAUGCCAAUGCCAAGCUUAUACGCGAACUCAAGGAGGAGAUUCAGAAACUACGAGAUUUACUCAAAGCCGAGGGCAUUGAAGUCCAAGAAGGACCCGAUGGCAAAGUGGUGUGUGAGAAGCGCGAUGCUAAUAAGGACGAGCUCACAAAGUCGACGGUCAUCAAGUCACCUACUAAGUCACGUAAUCGCAAUGGAUCCACCACGGAGAUGGCAGUGGAUCAGCUGCAGGCCAGCGAGAAACUCAUUGCAGAACUCAACGAGACUUGGGAGGAGAAACUCAAGCGUACCGAGGAGAUUCGUGUGCAGCGAGAGGCUGUCUUCGCCGAGAUGGGCGUGGCCGUCAAGGAAGAUGGCAUCACAGUGGGUGUAUUUUCACCCAAGAAGACCCCACAUCUGGUUAACCUUAACGAGGAUCCCAAUCUGUCCGAAUGUCUGUUGUACUACAUUAAGGAAGGCUUAACCAGGCUGGGAACCCAUGAAGCUAAUGUUCCCCAGGACAUUCAACUCUCUGGAUCGCAUAUCCUCAAAGAGCACUGCACCUUUGAGAAUAGAAAUAGCACGGUGACCCUGUUGCCGCACAAGGAUGCCAUAAUCUAUGUUAACGGACGCAAGUUGGUUGAACCAGAGGUCCUUAAGACCGGAUCUCGUGUCAUUCUGGGCAAGAACCAUGUGUUCCGCUUUACCAAUCCGGAACAGGCACGCGAAUUGCGUGAGAAGAUCGAGACCGAGAAUGAGGCAGAGAACGAAGUGGAGAAGACCGAUACUCAGCAGGUGGACUGGAACUUUGCCCAGUGCGAGUUGCUCGAAAAGCAGGGCAUCGAUCUUAAAGCUGAAAUGAAGAAGAGAUUGGAUAACCUGGAGGAGCAAUACAAGCGGGAGAAACUCCAAGCCGAUCAGCAGUUCGAGGAGCAGCGUAAAACGUACGAAGCUCGCAUUGAUGCUUUGCAAAAGCAAGUGGAGGAGCAAUCGAUGACCAUGUCGAUGUAUAGCAGCUACUCGCCGGAGGAUUUCCAUCAGGAGGAGGAUGUCUACACCAAUCCCAUGUACGAGUCCUGCUGGACAGCUCGUGAGGCUGGUUUGGCUGCCUGGGCCUUCCGCAAAUGGCGUUACCAUCAGUUUACCUCCUUACGAGAUGAUCUCUGGGGCAAUGCUAUAUUCCUUAAGGAAGCCAAUGCAAUUUCCGUUGAGCUAAAGAAAAAGGUGCAAUUCCAAUUUACACUCUUGACCGACACCUUGUACUCGCCCUUGCCGCCUGAGUUGGCCUCAAGUGUUGCUCCUUUGCAUCAGGAGGAUGAGUUUGGAGCACCACCAGUAUCAAAAACUUUGGUGGCUGUCGAAGUCACUGAUACCAAGAACGGAGCCACUCAUCACUGGUCCCUAGAGAAGCUACGGCAACGCUUGGAGCUGAUGCGUGAGAUGUACCACAAUGAGGCCGAGAUGAGCCCUACUUCUCCGGAUUAUAAUGUGGAGAGCCUCACUGGUGGUGAUCCCUUCUACGAUCGCUUCCCCUGGUUCCGCAUGGUCGGUCGCUGUUUCAUUUACCUGAGCAACUUGCUCUACCCAGUGCCAUUGGUCCACAAAGUGGCCAUUGUCAAUGAGCGGGGAGAUGUGCGUGGCUAUCUAAGAAUCGCUGUGCAACCCGUUUUGGAUGAGGAGUCCAUUGAUUUCAAUAAUGGUGUCAAGCAGUCAGCUCGUUUGGUUUUCAAUGAGGACGAUGCCAAGCCCAAGUACCGAGCCCUCAACGAAAAGGAUGAUGUGCAGCGCUAUAUUGACAAUGGUGGCUUGGACACCAAGCUAGAGGAACUUGAGGAUGUUGAUUCUGGUCGUGGCAUUGACUCCAACUCCGCUUCCGAGUGCCAUGAGAAUGCCGAAGAGCCUGGCGAGCAUUUGCAGGUGGGCAAGGAGUUCACAUUCCGUGUCACAGUACUCCAAGCUACUGGUAUUGGAGCUGAAUAUGCUGAUAUCUUCUGUCAGUUCAACUUCUUGCAUCGUCAUGAGGAGGCUUUCUCCACCGAACCUGUUAAGAAUUCCGCAUCAGGUGCUCCACUGGGCUUCUACCAUAUGCAGAACAUUACUGUACCCGUGACCAAAUCCUUUAUCGAGUAUUUGAAGACGCAGCCCAUUAUGUUUAAGAUCUUUGGGCACUACCAGACACACCCUCUGCACAAAGAUGCCAAGCAGGAGUUUGUUUCCCGGCCACCACCACGUCGCAUGUUGCCACCAAGCAUACCGAUUAGUCAGCCAGUGCGUAGUCCCAAGUUUGGACCCUUGCCCUGUGCACCCACGUCCACUGUUUUGGCCAAGCAUGAUGUUCUAGUUUGGUUUGAGAUCUGUGAAUUGGCUCCCAACGGAGAAUAUGUGCCAUCGGUGGUGGAGCACAGCGAUGAUCUUCCCUGCCGCGGUCUGUUCCUCUUGCAUCAGGGCAUCCAGCGACGCAUUCGUAUUACCAUCGUCCAUGAGCCCACAGCUGAGGUGAAGUGGAAGGACAUUAAUGAGCUGGUGGUGGGACGUAUCCGCAAUACUCCAGAAUCAUCCGAUGAGCAAGAUGAAGAUGCUUGCGUAUUGUCUUUGGGUCUGUUCCCCGGCGAGGUGUUGGAGGUCCCCGGAGAUGAUCGAUCUUUCUAUCGGUUCGAGGCUGCCUGGGACUCGAGUCUGCAUAACUCGACGCUGCUCAACCGUGUUUCCCAGGGCGGUGAGACCAUCUACAUCACCCUGAGUGCUUACUUGGAGUUGGAGAACUGCGCUCGCCCAGCCAUCAUCACCAAGGAUCUCAGCAUGGUCAUCUAUGGACGCGAUGCUCGCACCGGACCACGUUCCCUGAAGCACCUGUUCUCUGGACAGUAUCGCAAUCCGGAGGCCAAUCGCCUCACCGGAGUUUACGAGCUGGCACUGCGCAGAGCAUCCGAAGCAGGUAGUCCAGGUGUGCAGAGGCGUCAGCGUCGAGUGUUGGACACCAGCUCCACUUAUGUCCGUGGUGAGGAGAAUCUCCAUGGCUGGCGGCCAAGGGGUGAUUCCCUAAUCUUCGACCAUCAGUGGGAGCUGGAGAAACUCACAAGGCUAGAGGAAGUUGGACGCAUGCGACACCUGCUUUUGCUGCGUGAACGUCUGGGCAUGGACACCAAUCCCAAUCCGACCACGAAGACCGAAAAGGACGUUUGCAAUCUGGCCGCCCGAGCAGCCACAUCACCCGUACACAUGGUCAUUCCACAAUCACCGCAGACACCGGUAAAAGAUCCGCAGCAAAUCAUUCCAGAGCGGGAGUACAACCAACGGGAGCAGGAUCUCAUGCUCAAGUGCUUGAAGUUGGUGCAGGGACGCUAUACCAAGAGCGAGGCUAACGAUACGCAAACCCAAUCGGAUGUUUCACCCAGCGAUGAGGGUUGUGCCGACAUGACCGUCAGCUGCAUCUCCAGUAAUUCCAUGGAAAACAACAAAUUUGUAAUUCGACGCAGAUUAUGUUCACCGGAUCGAUCAGAUGCACCCAACGGCUGGGAGGCACCUGCUCCGGCUACCCAGCCGGCUCUUCCGCUCCGUCUCUAUGUACCGGAGUUGGAGGAGAUUCGCGUGAGUCCUGUAGUUGCCCGCAAGGGUCUGUUGAACGUCCUAGAACAUGGCGGUUCCGGCUGGAAGAAGCGCUGGGUGAUUGUCCGUCGCCCUUAUGUGUUUAUCUACCGCUCCGAGAAGGAUCCCGUUGAACGGGCUGUCCUCAAUCUGGCCACUGCUCAUGUGGAGUGCAGCGAGGAUCAGGCGGCCAUGGUCAAGAUACCCAACACAUUCAGUGUUGUGACCAAACAUCGUGGCUACCUCCUGCAGACCCUCGGCGACAAGGAAGUGCACGACUGGCUGUAUGCCAUCAAUCCAUUGCUGGCUGGGCAGAUCAAAUCCCGCCUGGCGCGACGAACUUUGGAGCCGGCCAGCCAGACGGCCUCCCAGAUUCAGGCCAAUAAUGCGGCGAAUGCCAACAGUGCGAAUAAAUGAGAUACGAUCACGAUGGAGUCCGUUUUGGUUUACUGAGACGCAGGCUAUGGCUGGCUGCAGCGCCUGAAUAUCGCCCGACGACUGGUCAGACGAAGAUCACAGCCAACGACGACAGGGGCAGCAGCUGGCAACUGAUUGAUAUAUAUAGCUUGAGGGAUUCCAUCGAAGGAAGUAGAAAAAAUAGAUGAUUGUUGCUAGGGCAAAGCUGAGGAAGCAAAUCGAAAUCGAAUGAGAAAAUCAGAGAUAUUGGGAGGGGCAGAAAAGAGAGAAACCAAAUGCAAAGCGUACGUAAUUAUUAAGUAGUUGAACAACCAGUUUAUGGAUUAUAUUAUGUAUUUUGUGAUUAGUUGGCCAUGGCCGAAAGAGUAGGCAUUAGCAGCUCCAAACAGAAACGAUAGCCUACUUUUUAGUAACUUCCCGUUUCGGUUAAGUUCUUUGACAAUUUUGUAAAUAGCUUUCGUUUGAUUCGAUUGUAUAAAUAUUUGGCAUUAGUUUAAAAACGGAUCGUUUAGUUUGAGUUUCCACGUGAUAUUAUGUUGAUCAGUUUUAGAAUAUGUAUUAUUUUUUGUUCUCAAGUAUGCGACAAUUAUGUAAAGCUUCUAAUAUGCAAACCAAACACACACACGUAUAUGCAUUUUAAUGGAGCAAAACUAAAGCAAAAUACAGACAUAUAUAUAUAAUGGAGGAACUAUAUAUAAUGAAUUAAUGUAUAAAACCCUAUAUAUUUGCUGUUUAUACACAAAUUUUCAUGUACUUGUAUCUUCUAUUGUUUAACUUAAAAAAACAAAAAUCGAAGAGCAGGCAAACGCCUGAGGAAAUAUUAUGAUACCAAAAAACAAAAUAUGUGUGUGUUAAAGGAAAGAAAAGAAAGACCGUACAGUAUAUAGGAUAUAGGAGACGUGAGGUAUAAGCUCAGCAGAAUUGCGAAAUCUCUAUAAAGGUAACGAUUAUUGUUAGAUAUAUACCAGAACUAUAUGCGAAUGAAAACUAUUUUACACACACCAGAGUUACGAACCAUGAAAUCGGCGCUGCCAUAUUAACAGCUGCCCCACAUUUGUCAACUGUUGACGGCUUUUAAGGCUUCUUCCCCCACACAGACACCCCCUAAAAAAAAAAAUAAACAACAGAAUGUUUCGCUUCAAUAAUGCUCCCACUCGGAACCACCUGCUAAAGCUUCAAGCAACAAGUUACGGAACAACCAAUUGUAGUUUUGAUAAGAAUCUUUAAUUAGUACGCAAUGGCCACCUGUACAUUUCCCAACUACCAAAAGAAAUCAAAAUCCAAAUUUUGCUUUGCUUGCGAAAAAAGAGUGUUUCUCAAUAUAUAAAAUUUCAUUUGCAUUUUUUGCCUUCGGUUAAUGGACGAGCUUAGGUCAGGUUAAUGGAUCAAUCGGGAGCUUCACUUGUGCCCGGAUCACAAGGCUCGAAGCUCCCCAAGUUGUUGAUGGGAUCGCUUUCGUUGGUGUUUGGAAAAUAAACACCUAACGUUAAGCGUUCGUUUGCUGGAUCGGAUAAUACGUAUUAUCUUUAUUUUGGAAACGUUUUUCUUCGAACUGAGUCGGCGUUCUGUUUAAUGGGUUUUGUGUUAAAUUGUAGCAAAAUGUAAACAUUUGUUAAACUAUUGAAUUAAUUUCGAAUUGUAAAAUAUUAGAGAAUUGUAAUUACAAUAAUCAUUAUACGAGCAUAUUAUAUGAAUACCCUAUGUAAUAACCUAUUUUGGCCCAGUUUGAAUUUAACAACCAAAAAAAAAAAAAAAAAAUGAAUUGCACACACCAGAAAAAAAAAAUAAAUAAGAAAUAUAUAUAGAGAGCUAUAUAUUAGCUAAACGAGUUAACGAGCAAGAAACUCAACUUAUAUAUGCGUAUAUAUAUGGUACAAUACAUUUCAAAAUCUAAAUCUAUCUAAAUAUGUACAUCGGCUAUAUAUCAAUGUAUGUAAGAGAUGAUGAUUGCCUGGCAACCGUUUCAAAAUGACAGAUUAACAGAUUAAAUGAUUGACGAGCGGAGAGCAGAACCAAAUGCGGAGCAAAUUAAUGGAAAUGAAAUGAGAAAACCUAUGCUAUGUGUAUGUAUAAUCCAAAACAAAUUGAUAUAUGCCAGGGCGUAUCACUAUUAAAGAAAUAUAAAAUAAAACGGCUUUAAAUAAAAUCUGUAAAA